UAUCGGACUCAAAUUUAAAUGUACCAAUUGGCAACGCAAAAUAUUUUUCGGAUGUGAAAUUCAAAUAUGUUAUUUUGGAAGAAGUUUAGAAAUAUUUAACACGAUAUUUACUAAUACUUGUGUAAUUUUUAAAUACAUUAUAUGUGAAUUUAGUGUAAAUUAAUUACAGACUCAGCGAACUACCACUUAAGUCCAAAUUUCCUUAAUACAAAAUCUUUGAUAUGGCAUCACAAUAUGUGCAGCUGUUUUUAGCUGAUACAAAAUCCUUAAAGUAAGAAGUGUGAAAUCUAAACAAUUAUUUUUAAUAUAAAAAUAAUUUUUGUUGGGUUUGCACAGGUUGUAAAGUUUGAUUUGAUAUGCCUAGAAAAAGGCCUUUGAAUGCUAGCAGCGAAAGGCUAAAACGCCGAAGACGAAAACUUGAAAAACAGCUAUUAUUAAAUUGCCAGAAUAAACAAGACAACAGCCUUACAACUAAACCAUGCAACGAUCAAUCAACGGUUGCAGUAAAAAGUGAACUAUUUGAAUACGAAGAUGAUAUACCUUUAACACAGGUAAAUUCUGAGGAUGUGUGUAUUGCUAAGCGCAAGAAACAGGCGGCUUAUAUACAAGCUAAAGAGUUUGAAUCGCCACGUUCAUACAUUAAGUCUGAAGAGAUCACUGAAGACAAGAAUCCAGAAUUAACUAACAAUUUCAUACUAUACGAAAUAAAUGAAAUAAAUCCUUCAAUAGUAGUAAAUGCAAAUGAACUAAAUUCUGAUACUCAACGCUUACAAAAACCUUCACAUUCAGAAAAUUCAAAAAUGGUGUGGAACAUUUCGAAAAUAACUCGAAUGCCAAAUAAAACAAUAUCAAACAAUCCUACUACAAACAGUACAGCAACCAACCGAUUAAUCCCUAAAAUACAUCAUUUUGUGGAAAUACCCGGAACAUCAAGUUCAAAACAGAAGGCAUCGAGCGGAAGAAAAGUGACUGCGAUAAAAAUAAGCGGUACUCCUAAUGGAAAAGUGAUAACAACCUUCAGCGAAGCGACGCGUAAAUGCGCUUGUCAUCUAAAUCCAAUGAAAAACGUUGAUGUUCAUAGCAAUUUAGAACUAAAGGAUUUCUUUGAAGCAAUGUUUGAGGAGACGCGCAAAUUGAAAAUUGAAGACCGUCAAGCGGUUAAAACAGAAUUGCUUAAAGCAGUAUCUCAAGCUGAAGAAGACGUAGAGGCUGGAAAGUUUUGUGAAAAGUGCUACACAAUGUUCGCACAAUCAAAGAAGCGAUAUUGAGGAGUGAGUGUGGAUAUCUUAAAUUACAUAAUUUAUUUCAAUACACACUGACAAAAAAAAAGUUUGCCUGAAGAACAUGCACAGUACGUAGCACUUUUGAUUUCAGUUCAAGUUUUAAUAUUUAAGUUAAUAAUUUACUAUAGGCUUAUGUGCACAUGUAGGUAUGAAGAUGUACAUAUUAUAUUGUAACUCUCGAAAUGUGUAGUACUCUGUUUGAACUUUAUUAUAAAAGCAAAUAUAAUAGAAUUAAUAAUAGAAUUUUUAUUGCUUUAAUUGGACAAUCAA